UCAGUUCAAGGAUGCUCUCGUCAGCCAACAGGUAACGGUGGAACGGACUGAUAUCGGACGUUCUGCACGCACACACACACACACACACAGACACGGGUAUGCGUCAUGCCUGUGUUCGUCGGUGUGUGUCGAAAGAUAGCCACCUGUGGUUGAGGAGCGGUGGGCGAUUCGCAGCUCGAUAGCAUUCGAAACACGGGGGCCGCGAGAUCGGGGCAGGUACACGCCUGACCAAACAAACGACACAAAUGUGUGACCCCAGUCCCCAUCCCCUCGCUGCCUCGCUGCCCAGACUCACCUUCUCUGAGCGUGAGUCGCUGUUGUGCGUCCCUGUGGGCCAUCUCGGCCUUCGAACUCUCAGCCCUCUCGUCCCCUUCCUGCGUACUAUCUUCCUCCUCGUCGAGCUCAUCAUCGGUCACGCCAUCAGCGUCAUCGCCCUCGCCCGUCCCGUCCUCACGGCGCGCCAUGAAAGCCAGGUGGUCCUGCCGCAGCCGGGCGGACAGGUGAUGGUGAAGGUGCAGCAGCAUGGUGCCCCACUGCAUCAUCGACAGCUCCACUGAGCGGGGCAUCGGCAGGUCCGCAGGCACCACAGCCCGGCUCUCGGUCCGCAUCAGAUGCCACUCAGAUACGGGUGCCGCUUCUGCUGUGCUGCCCAGGAUGCCCGAGAGAUCACUGUCACUGCUGCCUCCCUGCAGCUGCUGCUGCUGCUGCUGCUCAUGUUCUCCUUCGUCACUUUCAACGUCGUCCUCGAUGGUCAAAACGCCUUUCAUUUCAGGGCAGCAUUGGGCGCAGAGGUGCUCCAGCCCCUUGACAGCCUGGUUCCAAUCCCACACCCCACUAGGGGACGGAUCGAACGACACAUACUCAGACACAAGGUCGCGUGGCUCUGCUGCCGGUGCCGGUUCCAUGAGGCCGCCAAGGGACAGAGGGGGCUGCUGUGGCUGUGGCUGGUUGUUGGCGUUGCGAGCGACGCUUCGUCGGUCCGCCACUUUGGUGGGUAGCAUGUUGAGCCUCUGUCCCGCGACAACGGUGUCGAAUAUGUUGACAAUGUAGAGACCCCACUCCCGCUGCAGACUGACAAAAGAGGGCGGACAGACAGACAGACAGACAGAGGACAACGACACAGAGAUGUCGACUGGCCGUCUCCGUCUCUCUCUCUCUCUCUCUCUCUCCGUCUUCGUCUCUCUCACCGAAUGACGAUAGGGCUGGCGUUGUGCAGUACUUUGGUGACGGCCGGGUCCUCCACGACGUCCUUCAGCUCGCCCAGGACGCUCUCACGCACAUCGUUGGAGCCAGCCAACAGACAGCCGAGGUCCAGCAGCAGGUGGGUCUCCUCAACCUCCCCCACACCAUCGCCCCCAUCGUUGCCGGCCGUGUGCAAGAAGGACAGGUGCAGCACCGACGUGCUGGGCACCCUGCACACAUACACACACAGACACAUACACACACACACACACACACACGUGUAAGAAUGGGAUGGAUGAUGUCGGCAGCUUAGGCUGGCUCGCUGUUUUGUUGUCUGUCUUUCUUGCCUGGUGAGGCUGGUGGGGUGUGGGUGGAGAGUGACGGAGAGCCGACACACCUGACCUCCAGGAGAGAUCCAGCUCCCUCUGCAGCAGACUGAACGAACAGCGGACGGACAGGUUUGUGAAUGAUAUGGAUCCGCCAGCACCGUAUGUCUUCACGCAUUCCCUUCUCCCUCAUUUACGCGACUGCAUCGUCCCGUGGCCAUUCCGUCUUGCCCUGAGUGAUCCACGCUCGACGGCGCCUCGACGACUGGCGCAGAUGCGCGCUCGGUCCUUCGUCACGAACUGACGCUUCUUGAAGCGUUGGUGCAACCAGUGGGCACCCUGCACCCACACGAAAAACCCACACAUACAUUGGCGUCCGCUGCUAUGCAUCCUGAUCAGCAUUGAGUCAGUCCUUCUCACCCACCUGAAGCAGCCCCUCGCCCCUGUUGCCCUCAAUCAGGUUGAGUAUGAUCUGCUCGUGCCUGUGCGGCCGCGGGGGGCCGGGUGCCGGCAGCUCAACUAUCAUCGGGCGACGUUUCCUCCCGGUCACAACCACGCCAUUCUCAAGCUUCUCAUCGCCAAAGUCGGGCAGAAACAUCCCCAGACCUGAUGACGAGCUGCUGCUGCCGCUGGUAAAGCCGCCCGGGCGCCUGCUCCUCGGUGGGCGGUCGUAGGCAUCGUCAAUGGGUGGAAAUGAGGGCGGUGGCGGCAGGUCAGUCUGCUGCGCCAGCCGGUCAGCCCAGCCAUAGAGGUCCUUCCUCUCGGUGGUCCUCUCGACCAGCGGCUUGACGGGCGGCAGAUUCGCUAGUGUCUGGGGCACGGCGUAUGUGUUGUCUGCCUGCUGGUCCCUGUCCUUGUCGCCAAGCCGGCUCAGCAGACGAUCGAUGGCCGAGGAGGCGCCGUCAUCGGCUUCUGAGAGAGGGCCGGAGGGGGGGGAGAGGGGGGCGGGGUAGGGGAGCGGGGGCAGGGGGACGGCUGCUGGGCUGGUACUUGCGCCCGACGAUGGUUUGGCAGCAGAUGAUGCCGAGUUGGGGAACUUCUUGAUCACCCUCGGCCGCCUGUAGGCGGUCUUCUUCUGCCAGCUUGCUGUCCUCAGGUCGACAGCUGCGGCUGAUCCAUAGCCUUGCUGACAUGCGGCGGCCAUGCUGCUCACGUGGCUCAAGGCGGGGCUGAUCUGCAUGGCCGUCACGUUUAUUGCCGUCCAGCCAUCUCGAGCCAGGCUUGCGCACUCAUCGGCGAUAAUUGUGUCGUACGGCCACUCGAUGAGUUGAAGCAGCGGUGCGGCAGAUGCAUGCGCAUGGUGAGAGACCACCAGAAGGGAAAGCAGCAACAAGGCCCGAGCCAAUGACGGCGCCGGUGCAGCGGGAAAAGCCAUUUUCAGUGGGACCUGCCAGCUUCUCAAAUGUGCCGCUCUUGGCGGAGUGAAAGAAUGGGCAAAAGGUGGGUUUUUCACGGCCUUCGCGCAGAA